AUGGAUGAGGAAGAAUCACCACGUGUGGAUGACAACCGCCGCCUGCCUGACGAGCCCACCUCCCCGAAGAAGGCGAAGAGCAUCCCCGAGCGCUGUGACUUGGAGAGCUGGUUCUUGCCACCUUCUCCCGAGUGGGCCACCGUGAGGAUCAUCCCCGAGGAGGAGAUGACUGAGCACAACCUUCUUGCCGUCCGAGUCAUGGUCACCAGUGAUGCAAGCAGCUCUGAUCUGGAGUCAGAUUUGAACGGUGACUCAUCAAACUCUGAAGUAAGCGAAGGCCAGACCUCACUGCUGGAGCCCCCAGCCUGCCUGAGCCCUGUCCAGAGGUGGCCAUCGUUCAACAGGAGCCCUGUGGCACCAGAGGAAAGUCCCAAAACAUCCAAAGUUGCUGAUGGUUUUCCUUUGUUGUCCAGCAAGAAACCUGGGCUACACUGGAAGGAGAGCUCAGCCACCUGUCAAAGCAGUUCUGGAGAAGAUCACUCCCAAACACAGAGCAGCACCAGAGGUUUUCCACAGCCCCCUCCUGGGAAUGGGACACUGUUUGCUGAUUUUUCUGACUCUGAAGAUACAGAGAGUGACACCGGGGCAUACACACCCCAGGGCUGGAAGGAAAAAUCUCAGAAAUAUACCUCUGAACUAGAAGACUUUAGUAGGAGGACAAAAGUGCCACUAUCUCUAGAUUUGAAAGAGAAAGAUGUCAAAAAUACAAGGCACCCAGAAGAAAAGCUUGAGCAAGAAUUAAAGGAGGAAAAAAAGAGGCUGGUGCUUUGUACUCAACAGCGACCUUUGUCAAACGAUUCAAACAGGACGGACUUAGGUGGAACCAGUCCACGGCUUCGAAACAAAGGAGCGCUGUGGACUUCAAAGCAGAAGAAUACUGCCUGGAGAAAUGAUGGUUUCAAACUACCUAGCUGUCCUGCACCUCUCUCAUUUGCAGAUGGAGCUCCACCAGCUUUGCCAGAUGACAGAAAAGAUGCGGUUGCCAGGGAGCAUGCAGCUGGCCAGCCAAAAUCACCCCUGAGGCUCAUAGCCAAUGCGAUUAAAAGGUCCAUUUGGGAGCCUCUAACCUCGUCUCCAGAAGGACUAAAGCAGGACUCAGACAGCAAAGUCAAAGCAUCUUCAGAACAAGCUUUCUUCAGCUUCCCCAGCACUCCUGGCUAUUCCACAAGCCAAAGGAACAGUAACAAUAAUAGAACAAAUAACCCUCAGCCACAGGAGCUUAAAGUAGGGGAGCAGGCAGGAAAAUAUUUAGGAAAUUGGAGCAAUUUCUCAGAUCCAUCUAACUUUUCUGUAGGCUCUGAAGUGAGAUCCCCAAGGAAUUACAGUGAGGAGGUAUCCUUCCCAGCUUACAGUCCUCACACCAGCCUUUCCAAGACAACCAAUAUACCUCAGAAAUCAUCUUGCGCUAGGAUAGAGGAUGUCCCAGGACUCCUAGAAAAGUUUACUUUUAAAGAGACUCCUCCAGGGGUUCCCAUGGAUGACAAACUUAUCUGUAAUGAAAAGUACCUCCCCCUUUCAUCCCCAGAGCCCAACAACAUCUCCAAGGACCCUCUGGGUGACUCGGCACAGAAGGGUAGUCUUGCACUGCUCUUUGAUAGACUGAGAAGUAAAGUUUGUGACAGAGAAGGGAAUUCCUUUGUGUCAUCUCUGCCUUUCGUGAAGGACCUUUCUCCAGAAGACAGGCUAUGCUGUCCUUCCACAGGAUGUGAACACCUACCUGUCAGAAAACAAGCUAUCCAGUAUUCUACUUCUUCCUCUGAUGAUGAAUUUGAAUCCAAGGCUUCAUUAACACACAAGGCAAAAAGGGCUCUCAGAAGGAGGAGGAAGCUGGAGAAGGAGACAAAGCAAUUGAUUAAGCAAGAGGAGCUGAAGAGGCUUCACAAAGCACAGGCAGUCCAGCGCCAGCUAGAAGAACUGGAGGAAAGACAAAGAGCUCUGGAGAUUUUUGGUGUCAAACUGGAGAGAGAACUAAGAGGAGAAGCAGAUUCAGGCACAAAAGAUGAAACGCAGAUGCUACACGAAUGGUUUGAGCUGGUCCUGGAGAAGAAUAAAUUAAUGCGCUAUGAGUCUGAGCUCCUGAUUAUAGCCCAAGAGCUAGAACUGGAGGACCACCAAAGCAGGUUGGAACAGACGCUGAGAGAGAAGAUGGCCAUUGAUGACAGCCUUAAAGAUGAGAUGGAUCUGAAUGAGGAGGAUGAAAUUUUUACUGAGAUGAUGAAAGUGGUUGAAGAAAGGGACAAACUUGUGUCUGCCUUAGAGGAGCAGAGAGUGAAAGAAAAAGCAGAAGACCAGCACUUUGAAAGCAUCAUAUUAUCCAGAGGCUAUCAGCUGAGCAGGGUUUAA